GAAGUUAGUUGUUGUUUUCAGAAACUAGUUAGAGGCGUUAGCGCCUCUGACAAACGAUAUGAAGGAGCAGUUGUUGUUCCGCUAUCUUCAUGUCAAAAAGAUAUUUUAGGUCACACGCGCAGUGUUGGAGUUAGCGAUAUCAACUCUGAAGUUGAGCUUAUUUUAGCGUGCGCAUCAAUAUUUUCUCCUCCGCGCGACAUUUCGUCUUGGACCAUUUGCCCAUCCCAUCGCUCUUCCCUGGGCAUUGGCUGGCGCCGAGGUGCUCAUCGAUGCCGAGUACCACCAGGGCUAUCAAAACAUGCUUCGAGAGGAAAAACGAGAAAGGCGGACCGUGGAAUAAGCAAGUCGGAGUCCAAAGCUAUUUUAAAACAAACAGGUGUUUUUGUUCCGGUAGGCUCUGGUAAGUACACUUUUCGUGCUUACUUCUCUGUAUUUUAAUUAGCUGGCGGAUGUAAUCAGUGUACCAGACCGUAGUAGAAACACCUUGCUAGCAUUGCGAACAAAAGUGACCGGUGAUUUGUUUCAUUCCGUUGCAAAGGUAUAUGCCGUGACUGCAGGCCGACUAUUGAUGUUGAAGAAAAAACAUUGGAAGAUGUGCCAAAAUCUACUCUGAACGUCGCAGACAUUAGCGAGGGCAUCGGAAAAAUUAUCUUGGUAAGUUUGAUCAUUUUAAUGACUUGCAUAAUUCUGGCCCUUAAAGCAUUUAUUAAAUUAACUAAUUAGGCGCCUUUUUGUUUAAUUAUGCUUUGUCGCUCUUUAUAAGAGAAAGUCAAGUUUGCUCCACGCAAUUAAAUACUGUCAAUAAAAAUAUGUUAUAGGGAUCCGUUUCGUUAGGACUAAUAUUAUCCACCCCGUCCCCUCCUAAAAAAUAGGGAAAGCCUUCGGAAACAAGAUAGUAAUAUUACAGAAACACCGAUGAGAAUGUACUUUAAGACACUAUUUUCGUUUAUAGAACAAGGAUUCCCCACCAGUGCAAAGCACCCAUUACACCAGGAGGGAGUUUUUAUCUUCCCCCGUGCGAAGGCACAUUCAGCGACGUCAUUUUCGACGAUGUGCAAGUCUCUCAGAAUAGGCCUCUAAAUGCUUUGAAUACAUAUUUGGUUUCCAGAGAUUUUAGUUCCGUUAGGUCUCAGCUACAAACUUCGUGGGAAAAGACAAGUGGACGGACAAAGCGCUACUAUACACGGAAAGCUAGUCAAGGUGUGGCAGCUUUAGUACAAGAUAUGACACCACAUGAAACAGGCCCCUUGUUCCGCGCCCUGUGUUCUUCAGACGCGCUGCGCCGCCAGCUCUCUGAUGAGGAAGAUUCAGAUCAGGACAACAUGGACGUGACGCUAAUGGAGCCACUUGCCGAAUGUUACCAAGCUGCUAGUCGCUGGGAGACGCGCCGCCAGAUACUUUCCAUCAUGGCAGAUAAGGUGCGUUACAAAACACUCCUCAAGUUUAUCCCUGGUCUGACCAAAUAUCGCUUCACAGAAGCCAAAGGCCACUGUUUGACCUAUGGAAGAGGAGCUCCAGUCCAGUAAGAGCAUCUAGGACAGCCGUUACCUUCUCACAGAUAGAACAUUUUGUCGUGUUCAUAACAAGCUCGCAAAUUUUACAAGAUCUGCCAUUCAGAGAAAGGUCCAUAACACUUAGCAACAAAGAGACCAUUAAGAUCCCAAACGUUAUCAGAAUGAUGAUUCCUGAAAGGGUGGUAAAACAGUACCUGGCCUACUGCGACGAGUCUGGUUUUAAGCCUCUCAGCCGCAGUACUCUUUUGCGCAUCCUAGCUGUCUGUCCUGCCUCUACUCGAAAAUCACUUCAAGGCCUAGACUACAUAAGCUCAGCAGGUGCGCAAGCAUUUGCAGACCUGAUUGACAUUGUAGAAAGACUUGGGGACGUUCGACAAGGCAUGGCAUGGACCGAGAACCUGCAGACUCGCCUGCGAGACGGAAAGCGAUACCUCAAAAGUGAUUACAAGGUAGGUAGAAUACCAUCCCAUCACAUUUUUGGCCUAAAUCUUCAUUUCAUGUUAGUUUUCUUUGCAAUGGGCGCCAGACACUUUUCAAGCGCUGCUAAUUGCGUCGGCUUUUGGCGGAAAUGUGUCGGCCACCAAGGUAGAUGGCGCUAGCGGGUAAGGGUAAGGUUUCUUACGCAGAACUACAGAAUGUGAUUGUUUUUUAUCAGUUUUGUAUCAGUCUGUUUGCGUCUUUUUCCACUUCCAGUUAACAUAGUAAAAUCCAGUGCAAAAUGUUAGAUUUUAUAACGACAACCGACAGAAAUUUAAUAUCUUGUAGUGCGCUCUCGGUGCUUUAUAAUUAUAGAUUAUAAAUUUGAUCUGCGUUAUAUUAGUACAAAAGACCUUGAGGGAAAAACCAUCAACUACCUCCCACCCCUCCCUCUCCUGUUCGUCCGAGGGUUAAGACCAUAUAGGCUCGUUUAAUAGAAACAAGCUGAAAAAAUGACUCUUUAAGGCGCGGAAGCUCUCCCAAAGUCAUUGUAAGUAUAACAGUCAUAUCUGUAAUAUUAUAUUUUUGGUAUAGGUGCAUGUGUCUCAAAGCUCUACCGUGGCCGAUCAUUGCCCCCGCAGGGAUUUCGCCCAGAGGCGAAAUCCUGAGGAGGCACCCUAGUAACUCGCGCGUAUAUUAAGGGAAGUACUUACAGUUCAAAUAUACAGUCAGUAUACUAGAAAAAAUCUCGAUUUGCUCGAACAGGGGCCGCGAGGAAUCGGUAGGUAAUGAUGACGUUUCUAUUGUUUGCGCCCGCAAGUACGAAAUGGUUAGGAUGACGUAAAGACAGAAAAUUCCGAAGGGACCGCUCAGGUAGAUUUUGUGACAUUUAUUAUGCAGUCAUACUUCGAUACUCUUUUGCGUUACGCAGUGACAUUCUGUGGAGCAGUUGUUUUGAAAGUUAUGGGCCAAAAGACACUCCUUAAGCGCAGAUGAGGUUAUUAGGUGCGUUUAUCUGUGUAUAUAUAAACACUUGGAGGUUUGCCAGACACGACUUCACAAAUCUUUGAUUUAUAUUGGAAACCUUGCCAGACAUUCUUUCUCUCUCUUUGACCGGAAUAAGACUCAGCCCCAAACAAGGAAGACGAGUGAACAACGGCUAGCUUAUCACUAGCAGAUUGAAGGACAAUUACAGGAAUUCGCCGAGAAUCAAAUUCUGUGCUGACGUUUUCCCUGCUCACAGAUGUCCUUACGUAUAAAGUUUCAAGUAAGACUAGAAUGCGCGAGCGUGAAUCGAUCACACGUCCUAUUUAUUUCUAAGGCUUACUUUCCGGCAAAUAAAAUGAACUGAAUGUAAAAAGUGAAAGAGAAAUAGCGAAAAAUUCAACUUCUAAUUAAAUCUUUUCGUAUGGUUUAGAAUAAACUAUUCUCGAAACUGAGAAUGUUUUGAUCAAAGCUGUGUAAAUCGAGCUGAAACUGUGCAUGGAACCUUGCGUUUCCUGUAUUUAUCUCACCUGUUGUAUGGAAUAUGUGUGAAAAUCUUCAUUAUGAAUCGGUAUAUUUCAAAGAGCUACACAAGGAGCAAGAAUACUAUUGACCGACAACAUACAGAACGGGGGCAGCUGUAGUAUCAACUAUUACUAGUUGUAGAUUAUUUGCUCUGAGCGACCCAAAAGAGCCUGCCUUACAGGUUCAGUGCGACCAUGAACACAAGGAGUCCUGCGAUCGUUGUGAUCAAGUGGUAUCAACUCUCAGCGAGAUAGAUGCAGCGCUUAUCGUCCAGAAAGGCAACAUGCUACCCGGAGUCUACGAGGAGCUAUCAUUCAGCGUCAGGCAUGCGAAGACAAACAUCCUUGCCUGGAAGGCUCAUAUACUGCGCUCUAUCAACCAAGAUUCUUCCAGAAUUGACAUCCUAGAAAUGCUUGACGAGUCAUCUGUGUUAGUUAUCCAGGACUGGGCCAUGAAGUAUCUGCCAAGGAAAUACCGCGAAAGUCAAACUGAUUGGUUCGGUAAACGCGGUAUUCCUUGGCAUAUCAGUGUAGCAUUCAGAAAGAUUAGCGACCAGUUUCAAAUGCUGACCUUUGCCCAUAUCUUCCAGACGUGUAGUCAGGACAGCUGCGCAGUUCUCGCAGUAAUGGUAGACGUCAUUAAGCAGCUCAAGACCAUCAUACCAGGCCUGAAGAAAGUCAGCUUCCGCCAAGACAAUGCUGGUUGCUAUCACUGCGGGACCACCAUUGUUUGUGCAAGCACGUUAGGAGCAGAGCUGGGUGUAACCAUCAAACGGCUUGAUUUCUCCGAUCCCCAGGGUGGAAAAGGAGCCUGUGACCGCAAGGCGGCAUCCAUAAAAUCGAUAUGCAUAUUUACCUAA